AGUUCCAAUUGUAUUAGGUACCCAAAAAUGGCAUCACACUCACCAACCCGUUUCUGUUUCUCUCUCAUUGUUCUCUGUGCAGUCUUCAUCUUGGGAGCUAACGGAGCCUCACCGUCCCACUCGCACAACGCUGCCCCAGCCCCCGCCGUGGAUUGCUCCUCCCUGGUUCUAACCAUGGCGGAUUGCUUGUCCUUCGUCACCAAUGGCAGCACCACCACCAAGCCGGAAGGUAACUGCUGCUCCGGGCUCAAAUCGGUUCUGAAAACAGCGCCUCAGUGUCUGUGUGAAGCCUUCAAGAGCAGCGCUCAGUUCGGCGUCGUUCUCAAUGUCACCAAGGCCCUCGCUCUCCCCGCUGCAUGCAAAGUCUCCGCCCCUUCCGCUUCCAACUGUGGAUUGUCUGAAACACCUGCCGCCGCUCCUGUGUUUUCAUUCUAUAUGCUCUACAUGCGUUCUGAUUUUUGGCAUUUAUCUGUUUGUGUUGAUGUUUGUUAUACUUUUUAUUCAAACUGCAGUGUAUCUAACAGGACUUCUAAUGGAGGUAGAAGAAGCAGAAGAAAUAGUUUGGAAUCAACUAGCACCUUUGGGGGAAGCAGGUGGAAGAAGAAGCAGCAGCUGAGAGUCACCAGCCAAAAACCAUUCAAGCUAAGAACUGAGGAAAGGGGGAAGGUGCAAGAGGAAGAAUUUGUGAAGAAGAUACAUGAAAUGAUGACAGAGGAAGAGAAGCAAAGGAUACCAAUAGCCCAAGGGCUUCCAUGGACAACAGAUGAACCUGAUGUGCCCAUUUUGCUCUCAAAAUCUUGUUGUUUGGUAAAGCCUCCUGUCAAAGAAAUCACACAGCCGAUUGACCUGCAGCUUCACAGUGAUGUGCGGGCAAUGGAUCGUGCUGAGUUUGAUCAUCAGGUUGCAGAAAAAUUGAGUUUGAUAGAGCAGUACAAAUUGGAGAAGGAGAGGCAACAAAAGGUAUUUUUGUCUCUUUCAUUUGAUGAAGAUCUUGGGAUGUAA